UCUAUUAACUCGAGUAUCGUGGCAUUUCAGGUUAUGUAUUUGUCAUCCUCAUUCCUGCUCCUCUGGUCUAUCUUCAAAGAAAAAUGCAAGCAUCUGCUGUAGCCGCCAUGGCAGCUCACGCAGUUCUGGCAGCUUCCCUUUCUUCACAUCCUCUCCUUUCCCCUCUCCCAAAUCUUAAUCCUAGUAAUAACCCAUCUCUCCAUUCUUCAUUCCAUGGUGUCUCCGUCAAGUUCCCUCGCCAAUCGCUAGCUCUAUCUAUCGCCGCGGCGUCCCCCAAGAAACCUCUUGCCGUCGUCGCUGCCACCAAAAAGGCUGUCGCUGUCCUCAAAGGCACUUCCAAUGUUGAAGGCAUUGUCACUUUGACCCAAGAAGAUGAUGGUCCCACAACAGUGGAUGUUCGUGUCACGGGACUUACUCCAGGGCCUCAUGGGUUUCACCUACAUGAGUAUGGUGACACAACGAAUGGAUGCAUUUCAACAGGAGCACAUUUCAAUCCCAAUAACAUGACACAUGGGGCUCCUGAGGAUGAAGUCCGUCACGCGGGCGACCUGGGAAACAUAGUUGCUAAUGCUGAUGGGGUGGCAGAAGUAAAAAUUGUGGACAACCAGAUACUAUUGAGUGGUCCUAACACAGUAGUUGGAAGAGCAUUUGUUGUGCACGAGCUUGAGGAUGACCUUGGAAAAGGUGGACAUGAACUUAGUCUAACUACUGGCAAUGCAGGUGGAAGGUUGGCUUGUGGUGUUGUUGGUCUGACUCCAAUAUAAUGGCAGCCGAUGUGCAUUGUUUAUUUUGUACUACUCUGUUUUGUGCUAUUUGCUGCUUGCAUUUACAGGUUUCCCAUAUAGGGUUCAAUGUUAAUUUCCAUAGCCAAUGGUGUAAACUGUAUAAUUGUCAAGACAGCAAGUAAUAAAGCGAUUGUUUGCUGA